CGCCGCGUCACGGUUGGCGAGUGCCCCUACCCGAAACGCUGGGGCCAGAGGUGUUGCUGCGGGUCUUGGAGUUUUUCCGAUUUGGGAGUAUUUGCACGGAUUUGCCGGAAGAGCUUCCCUAAUCUGGAAGUCCAGAAUCCGACGUAGUGCUGGGGAGGCGGGGGAACCAAGACUGCAGAUUUUUGGUCUGUAAAGCUGUUGUAAACCUAAUUGUUUAUGAGAGAGAUCAAUUUAUAGAUUAGAUGUUAGGGAAAGGUGAUGGCUUGGGAAAGGAGCUGUGGACCGAGGCAGUGAAAUGAGAUCUGGACUGCUGGGGCUCACGCACUGACCAGGCUUGUAGGAAUAAGAGCAUUCAGAUGGCAGAUAACAGUUUUUCAGAUGGUGUGCCUCCAGAUUCAGGGGAAGCUGCGAAGAAUGCAGGUGGCCCAGGUCAGUCAGCUGCACCUGAAACGCAGUUGGAGGGCUCGCCUGCAGAAAAGCUCACAGAUCAGGUGAUGCAGAACCCACAAGUCCUGGCAGCUCUGCAGGAGCGACUUGAUAGCGUCUCUCACACUCCUUCCAGCUACAUCGAAACCUUGCCCAGGGCCGUCAAGAGGAGAAUCAACGCGCUGAAGCAGCUCCAGGUGAGGUGUGCACACAUAGAGGCCAAGUUCUACGAGGAGGUGCACGACCUGGAGAGGAAGUACGCAGCCCUGUAUCAGCCUCUGUUUGACAAGAGGAGAGAAUUCAUCACUGGUGAUGUGGAGCCGACAGACGCAGAGUCAGAGUGGCACAGUGAAAAUGAAGAGGACGACAAGUUGGCUGGAGACAUGAAAAACAAAGUAGUUAUAGCCGAGAAACCAGCAGCAGAAGAGCCAAAUCCCAGAGGAAUCCCGGAGUUCUGGUUCACCAUCUUCAGAAACGUGGACAUGCUCAGUGAGCUGGUGCAGGAAUAUGAUGAACCAAUCUUGAAACACCUGCAGGAUAUUAAAGUGAAGUUUUCUGACCCUGGCCAGCCUAUGUCUUUUGUGUUAGAGUUCCACUUUGAGCCCAAUGACUACUUCACCAACCAAGUCCUGACGAAAACGUACAAGAUGAAGUCAGAGCCCGACAAGGCCGAUCCCUUCUCCUUUGAAGGUCCUGAAAUAGUGGACUGCGAUGGGUGCACCAUUGACUGGAAGAAAGGAAGAAACGUCACUGUCAAGACCAUCAAGAAGAAGCAGAAACAUAAGGGACGGGGCACUGUCAGGACCAUCACUAAGCAAGUCCCCAAUGAGUCAUUUUUCAACUUCUUCAAUCCUCUGAAAGCCUCGGGUGAUGGAGAAUCACUGGAUGAAGAUUCUGAGUUCACGUUAGCCUCAGAUUUUGAGAUUGGACACUUCUUCCGUGAGCGGAUUGUGCCUCGGGCUGUGCUUUACUUCACUGGGGAGGCUAUCGAGGAUGACGACAAUGUGUGUGGCUGGGGACAGUUUGAAGAAGGCGAGGAAGGAGAGGAGGAGGAAUUGGAAGGUGACGAGGAGGGAGAAGAUGAGGAUGAUGCCGAAGUUACCCCCAAGAAAGAGCCCAGCCAGCCAGCGGAGUGCAAGCAGCAGUGAGAGACCGCGGCGCGGGUGGCGCCCAUGGCCGCUGUCAGGACGGGCCUGGUCCUGCUGCAGCAGGUGGACAGUGCUCACGACAUCUAACGCGCUUUCAAGUGCAUGACCUUGACUUUUCCUUUCCCUCCUUGUUUUGCUUAACUUGUACGGUGGCGUGGAGACAGCACACUCCAGGACCCCCGGGGGCUGUAGACCCCGUGGGUGGAGCCGGGUGGAGGGCCUGCCUGCCUCCCAGGCCCCCUGAUCUGAGGAGCCCACCCCGUUGCCGCCACAAGCCUGCUCAGAGCUGCCGCAGCCCUGGCGCCGGCCGUUCCAGUUCUUAGAGUGUUCUCUUGCGUUGUAGUCUCUAGGGGUCAGGUGGGUUGUGCACACCUCUGAGGCAGGAGCUUAGGGGCCCAUCCUCAUAUUUAUUUAUUCAUUGAUGCUUGGAGGACUUUGAACUCACACUGUUACUUAUCCUUACCAUAGUAAGACCCGGCUGGUGGCUUGGACAGAGGGUGUGCUGGUGGGAGCACUGCUUCCUGCUGCUCUGCUGAGGGCAGGAGCUGGUCCUGUGACACACAGACCUAUCUGGUGCUGCUGUUGGGACGGGCGGCAGCCAGAGGGCCAGGGUCCUCGUCCCCUCUGGAGGGGAGUGGGCAACAGUGGAGGUCACGUGUUGUUUUCUGAGUAACCCCACCUCUCACCCCACCACUCAUCCUGUCUUAAAGCCCUGGGUCUGGUUGACCAGUCAGCAGCGGGUGUGAGGUUUCCAAGUAUGUGGUGGUGCUGGUCUCUGGCAGCCGGGGACAGCCGUGACCAGGCGUGUAGAGUGCGCAGCCUUACCUGAUAACACAUUUGUACCUGAAUACGGUGUUUUCAAUUUGUACAGAAUAGUUAGAAUAUUCUAUUAAAGUUGUGAAACACGAGGCA